ACCGUUGAGACUUGGAAAAUGAUCGCACCACCGCCUUUUCCACAGCUAUAAAUAAAAAAGCACAUUCAUUUCAUUUUUCUUCAAAUUCAUUUCCUUUCAGAAUCUCGGAGUGGAGUUGGCCAUGGUAAUGGUUGCAUCACCGAAUCGAUUUUAAGGGGCUCAAGUCCAAUAUUCUCAAUUUCUUCUUUAUUCGAUUCUGGAUUUCCAGCUUUUCAUCUUUGCCACAAGACUUUUGUUCCUUUAUUUAGUCCAAUUUGGAUUAUAGAAGAAUUCACGCUGAUCGCUACCUUCGGGAAUUUGAUUUCAUAAGCUUUGGAAAGUAUACGUUGAACUGAUAAGAUGGGUUCUGGCAACAAUGGUUUUGAGGAUAACAAUCUGCAAAAUGAUAGUGGUGCCUUGGUGCGCAGUGGAAGAGAGAUACUUUUUCAGGCAUUCAAUUGGGAGUCUCAUAAGAAUGAUUGGUGGAAAAGUUUAGAAGGAAAAGUUCCUGAUAUGGCAAAAUCUGGCUUUACGUCGGCAUGGUUGCCACCAGCAACUCAUUCCUUCUCCCCUGAAGGUUAUCUUCCACAGAACAUUUACUCUGUCAAUUCAUCAUAUGGUUCUGAGCAUCUACUCAAAGCUCUGCUUCAAAAAAUGAAACAUCAUAAAGUUAGGGCUAUGGCUGACAUAGUUAUCAAUCAUCGUGUUGGUACUACCCAGGGACAUGGUGGAGUGUAUAACCGUUAUGAUGGAAUUCCAGUGUCAUGGGAUGAGCGUGCAGUUACAUCUUGUACUGGUGGAUUGGGUAAUCGGAGCACUGGGGACAACUUCAAUGGUGUUCCAAAUAUUGAUCACAGCCAGGAUUUUGUUCGAAAGGAUAUUACAGCAUGGCUUUGUUGGCUACGUCAUAAUGUUGGCUUUCAGGAUUUUCGUUUUGAUUUUGGAAGAGGUUAUUCUGCAAAGUAUGUCAAAGAAUACAUAGAGGGAGCAAAGCCACUAUUUUCUGUUGGGGAGUAUUGGGAUUCUUGCAACUAUAAUGGCCAUGCCUUGGACUACAACCAAGAUAGCCAUCGACAGCGUAUUGUGAAUUGGAUUGAUGGCACAGGACAGCUUUCAACUGCAUUUGACUUCACAACUAAGGGAGUUCUUCAGGAAGCUGUGAAAGGACAAUUCUGGCGUCUACGUGAUCGGCAGGGAAAGCCACCAGGUCUGAUGGGAUGGUGGCCAUCAAGGGCUGUUACAUUUUUAGAUAACCAUGAUACAGGCUCAACGCAGGCUCAUUGGCCCUUCCCCAGCAAUCAUAUCAUGGAGGGUUAUGCAUAUAUACUCACGCACCCAGGAAUACCAACAGUUUUCUAUGACCAUUUUUACGAUUGGGGAAGCUCUAUUCAUGAUCAAAUUGUGAAGCUGAUUGACAUUCGAAAGCGUCAGGACAUUCACAGCCGAUCAUCAAUUAGAAUCCUGGAAGCUCAGUCUAACCUCUACUCUGCAGUAAUUGGUGAGAAAGUUUGCAUGAAGAUUGGGGAGGGCUCUUGGUGCCCUUCUGGAAAGGAGUGGACACUCGCAACUUCUGGCAACAAAUAUGCAGUGUGGCAAAAGUGAACUUAGCAAUUUCGUUGGUUUUUCUAUAUUCUUUCUUGGAGUAUGCUUAAAAUGAAGUUUUAGGAUUAUCUAAUAACUACUAUUAUUAGAGAAGAGGUUGCUUGUUACAGCUUUAGAAAUGAUAUAUGGUACAAGUAUCUCAACUUCAACUGAGGGGUAUUAUUGGAGAUUUGGGUUUUGUUGUUGUAAAACGCUUAUUAUUAUUAUUAUUGCUGUUGUUGCUAUUAA